AUGAAAGGCAAUUUUUAGAGAAAUGGUAAGAGUUGUAGGAGCCUGAUGAAUCGUCUAACACAUAUAUCAAUCACUAACAGCAAGCCGAUCAACAGAAUGAAGCCAGAGGCAUAAAAAUUGAGGUAUAACUUCCUAGAUUAUUUUCAAUUCCUUGAAUAUUUGGGUUUAAUUUGA